UGUGGACUUAAAAACAGUGCAGCUAUGUUGAUCUGAGAACAACAGUGGAUCAGAACCGGAGGAAGGAGCGGAAACACGCAGCCGAUGUUUGGCUUUUACGCGCAGCUCUUAUUUGAUUCCCGCAGCGAACCUGAAGCGCCUCCAUCUUCCCGUCCGGACCGAACAUGCCCAGAGGCUUCCUGGUGAAGAGGAACAAGAGAACCACCCCGGUGUCCUACCGGGUCCGCUCGGAGGAGGAGGAGGAGGCGGAGCGCGCUGCCGCCGAUGCGCCUCCGCCGCGCCUUUCCUUCAUCCCCCCGCGCGCUCAGACCGGCGGAGCGGCGCCCGCUGCUCCGGCAUCACAUCCGGCCGCCAAGCCGGUGCAGUUCGGGAAUCCGGAGACGGUGUGCCAGGCUCUCUACAGCCCCACUCGACCCGUCAGCCAGGACCAUGAGCGCGCCUCGGAGCGGCGCUUCAGCCUCGGCUCCCCGGUCUCCGCAGAGUCCUUCCCCACGCCGGCUGCUCUCCCCGCGCUGGACCACCUGUUCGCCCCCAUCGAUCUGAAGAUCGGUUCCGGAGCUCUCCCCACGGCAGGGGCCAAGAGGCCGGCGGGCGACGCGGAGCGAAGAGCCAAGGCGCCCCCCUCCAAGAAGACCAAAGCCAUCCGGAAACUGCACUUUGAGGACGACGUCACCACGUCCCCGGUCCUGGGGCUGAAGAUCAAGGAGGCUCCGCUGGAGCAGAAGCCGACCGGCGGUGAGCGCUCCCUCCUGGAUGGGUUUGUCUGCCAGCUGUGCCGCGAAUCCUACCAGGACCCGUUCUCCCUGGCGCAGCACAAAUGCUCCAGGAUAGUUCGGGUCGAGUACCGCUGUCCCGAGUGCGACAAGGUGUUCAGCUGCCCGGCCAACCUGGCCUCCCACCGGCGCUGGCACAAACCCAAGCCGCAGAGCGGAGCGCACAGCGAGCCGGCGGCAUCCGGCAAGGACUGCAGCGACAGAGACUCAUCCAGCCCCGAACCGUCCGAGUCCGGUUCGGAGGACGGACUGUAUGACUGCCCUCAGUGCGGGAAAAGGUUCAAGCGCCAGGCGUACCUGAGGAAGCACCUGGCGUCUCACCAGAAACCCGCAGAGCCGCAGCAGGACCACAAGGAGCCGCAAGGCUGCGGGAUCAGCGCGGGCCCGCUCAACCUCAGCGCGUCCACCGGACACGCGUGUCCCGUGUGCGGGGAAAGCUUCAGCAGCAGAGGCGGCCAGGAGCGCCACCUCCGCCUGCUGCACUCCGCCCAGGUGUUUCCCUGCAAAUACUGCCCCGCCCUGUUCCACAGCUCGCCGGGACUCACCCGACACAUCAACAAGUGCCACCCGUCCGAGAGCCGCCAGGUGAUCCUGCUGCAGGUGCCGCUGCGCCCCGCCUGCUGAGGC